AUGAACCACGACGUUUCUGAAAUGAUGCUUUCCUCGUUUUCGGGUAUUGAAGCCGACGGAUUCGGUAAAGAUAAGGAUGCGAUAUUGCCUCUCUUGCUUCCGAAAGUCAUGGAAGGCCGCCCCAUUGAGUCGACGAGUCUCCUUCUGUGCCGACUGCCACCCGAGAUCUUGGGGGACAUUAUGGAUCUAAUAGCAGAUGACAAAGCUGCCCUUUCUUCCCUCGCCUUGGUGAAUAGCGACUGCAGGCAGUUAGCUCGCUCCUGCCAAUUCGCCGUUGUCUACUUCGAUUACAGCCCAAAUUCAAGGCUCUUGUUGCGCCAGCUCAUGAAGGAGGCGAUCGCCAGGCUUGGCCACGAUGAUCCAAGCAACGCCACCCGGCCGCCGUUUAUUGGAUCUUGCAUUCGCAGAGUUGUGGUCGAGCCCCGCUCAGACUGGGUCGCUCAGGCGCAUAGCGAUCUCUACAAUUCCAUUUGGGGGGACGCAGCCAACCGUCUCAAUUCGGAGCAUCGCAACGCAUUGUCCAAAAAAGCGACUGAUCAGUACAUUGCGAUUUACCACGAUCCCGUCCAGAUCGCUAUGAAAUUGGCAAUGCCCCACCUAGAGGCGCUGUUGUGGCAUGAUGGACUGUGUCUCGAUGGCGCCUUCUUUGGGACUGUUACAAACCUGCCUAUUCGGCACCUUAAGCUGGCCGGAGCUCAUAUUGGAGAGAUGUACCGCCUCGAGCCGCCACUCGCGCCGCUUGUCGUGUCAUUGGAGUCGCUCUCUCUAAAAGUAGACCUCUGCACCAACGAACGGUUUCAUAGGAGCGAGACAGACAGCGAUGGCGAUGCCGCUGGCUGGAAGAACAGAAGCUUGUCACCCUUCAUACAAACCCUUCUACAGCGCUGUAGCACGACUCUCAGGCGUCUGACCUUGAGCUACGCGGCUUUUACGGGAGAUAGGUUACUUUCAUUCGAUGAAGACGUGUUCUUCCCCCAUCUUCGGUACCUCGAUAUCUCCGGAAACAUGAGCAUUCCUGAUGCACGAGUCUGGUCUUCGCUGUUUUCUGCACCGCUGAGACAUCUCUCUCUGUCAUUUACGCGUUUGCCGGCCGGCCAACCCCUUCGUGACCUUGAGACGCUUGCCAUAUCAUAUCUCGAUGGCGGGAACAUGGGAACGGUACAAAGCACGCCCCAUCUCCUGGACUCGCAUCUUAUCCCACUACUCUCUGAUGGAAGAUGGUCGAACCUAAGCUCCCUUUCGCUAGCAUGGAGCGAACCAGCGGCGGAAACACAACCAAACAUGGCUACUAUCUCGGCGGAUUCCCUAGCUGCUGUUGGCAACAUCGAAUCGCUGGAGCAGCUAUGCCUAAGUGCCGGCGAGCAAUUUGGCUGGCGUCACCAGUGGUUGAUCGACCAUAAUGCGACGGCGCGUCCGGCCCCGGUGCGGAGGGGUAUUACGAGUAUCAGCGCGUGA